AUGGAAUCAAAUGGAACGCGCAAAGGGCCGCUGCCUGGAGGUCGCCAGGGCGCGUCAGGAGCUGGCGCUGGACGCGACAGCAUGCGAACCGCCAGCCGAGCGCGAGGUGCUGCACGACCACCCAGCAGCUCCUCGCAUCCAUCAUCCCCACCAACUGGCUUGGUGUCGGCAGGGUCUUCGCGGGCUCAGCAAUCGGCACCCGCCACUGGUGGAGUACGCCGCAUGCGUUGGACAACCCAGAUGAACAGCAACGCAUUGCGGGCGUAUUUUAGGGCGAAAGGGGGAGAAACUGGAGGUUUUGCGUAUCGGGCAAGGAUGCAUCGACUUUUUGCUGAGCUGGAGCCAUCUGUAACCGUCACCGAGCAAAACCUGGCAGACCGAGUUCGGUAUAUCUUGCGCUCAAAUACAUUUGAUGUCACCGAACUCGAACGGCUACGACGUGAGGCUGUUCCUUCAUCGGGUGAAAAUGCUGCGGCUGAGGAUGCGGCGCCACAACUUGCUGAGCAAACGGCAAAUGUGGAUGCCGCCGUAAAUACGCCAGUUGUGGUUGAUUCAAACGAUGAUGGAACAGUCACCCAGGAACUGGAACUAGAGCAAACGAGGAGUACAUUGGAAGAGGCGAUUGUGGAAACGCGCAGUACGACUCUCGAAAAUCGACCGCGACUUCCCCGCUUAGCCCUAAGCAAGCGGAAUCGGGCUGUCGUGAGGGCUCUGAACCCAAUGCUGGUUACCUAUUUGGAAGCCAGCCGGGACCUUUGCGAGACGGACUCAAUUCUUUUUGGCGCCGCACUGGCAGUCUGCCGUAUUAUAGGUGCCAAACUUUCCACGGCUGGACGCGCUACUGGAAAAAGUAGUGCUAUCCCAGCCUGGAGAAUAAGAAUUGAAGAACGUAUCGCAAAGGCUAGGGCCCUCAUCGGCAGACUGAUAUGCUUCAGGUCAGGCAAUACCAGGCCAAGGAUUGUGCGCACCGUCAGGAUGGCGUUUGCUGGGACAAAUGUUAGUUUGUCCUAG